GCGGGAAAACGCAACCGGCUCUCUUGCUUCGUUUCUUUCCUUGCUGGAGGCAGCCAUGGCGGCGGCGGGUGCCCUGAAGGAGCUGUGCGAGGAAGCCUUUUGCUACGUCUGCCUGGAAUGCCUCAGGGACCCGGUGACCAUUGCUGGGUGCGACCACACUUUCUGCUGGGCCUGCUUGACCCUCAGCUGGGGGGCCUUGGAGGGGGCCGAGGUCUCCUGCCCCCAGUGCAGAGCCCAGGAGGGGACCCUCCGGCCCAACCAGCAGCUGGCAAACCCUGCGGAAAUCACCCAGAAACUCCGGCCUUUAGAGGGGAGCACCAAGAAGCGAGGCGGGCAGAAGCGAAAGAGGGGGGUCUGCGAGCUGCACCAGGAGCCCCUGAAGCUUUUCUGCCAGGAGGACGAGGCCCCCCUCUGCCUGGUCUGCAGCAGAUCCCGGGAGCACAAAAGUCACCAGGAGAUCCCUCUCGAGGAGGCGCCCCAAGAAAACACGGCAACGGUGGUCGGUAGAAAAGGGACAGUUUGCCAGAAGCACCAGGAGCCUCUGAAGCUCUUCUGCAAGGACGACAAAGCCCUCAUCUGUCUGGUCUGUGACUGAUCCAAGGAGCACAGAGAUCAUGAGAUCCUUCCUCUUGACGAGGCCUCCCAAGAGUACAAGGAUGACUUUUGUGGCUUUCUGGAGAGAGUGAAGAACAACAGAGAAAGAAUUGUGGCGUGUAAAGCAAACACAGAGGAGGAAAGCCAAGACCUGAUCAAACAAGUGACGGGACAGAAGCAAGAGACGGUCACCAAGUUCAGAGAACUGCACUCAUUUCUGGAGGAACAAGAGAAACGUUUUCUGGCUCACAUGGACGAGGUGGAGAAGGAGGUGGCAAGAAAAAGGGACCAGAACCUGACUGAACUCUCUGAGUGGCUCUCCUCUCUGGACAAUCUCACGCAUCAGAUUGAGGAGAUGUGUCAACAGCCGGCCAGUGAACUCCUGCAGGAUGCCAGAAGCAUCUUGCAGAGGUAUAAGAAAUUCAAGAUUCCAGUGACUGUGCUGUUUGCACUGAAGUGGCAGAUCUGGGACCUCUCAAAUCUAAAUCCCCUUUUGGAGGGUAUCGGGAAGCAGUUCAAAGACACUGUGAAUUCUGGACUUCAUCUGCAGAAAGCAAAUGUGACUCUGGAUCCAGACACGGCCCAUCCCCAACUCAUCCUCUUGGAGGACUUGAAAAGCGUGAGGUGUAGAGAAAAACCUCAAACUCUUCCUGACAAUCCUGAGAGAUUUGACCAUUGUUGGGCUGUGCUUGGCCGUGAGGGGUUCACAGGAGGCCGCCAUUUCUGGGAAGUCCUUGUGGGAAUAAAGAAUGAUGCCUUUCCCUUGACCGGUGUGCCGAAGAGGAUCCGAGUCUGUCUGAACUAUGAUGGGGGUCGGGUGGCCUUUUUCGACGCUAACCGAAGAGCCCUCAUCUAUGAGUUUUCUGGAGCCUCCUUCUCUGGAGAGACCCUCCUGCCCUACUUUUGGGCUCCUCCCACCCACCCUGCGCCGCCUCCUCCUCCUAUUUUCGGGUCGUCAGUCCUGCAGCAGGAGGAGGAGGAAGUCCUUUGCAAGAAGGGAAACGCCCCGGGGCGGAUUUGGAAAGUGAAAGUAGCUCCUCUCUCGCAAAGGGGAGCCAUGGCGGCGGAGGGUGUCCUGAAGGAGCUGUGUGAGGAAGCCUCUUGCUCCAUCUGCCUGGACUUCUUCAGGGACCCGGUGAUCCUCACAGAGUGCGGCCACAAUUUCUGCCGAGCCUGCCUGACCCAAAGCUGGGGGGACUUGCAGGGGGCGGCAGAGGCUUCCUGCCCUCAAUGCAGAGGAAGAGCUCACGAGGGGACCCUCCGCCCCAACCAGCAGCUGGCCAACUUGGUGGAAAUAAUCCAGAAACUCCGUCCUGUGGAAGGGAAGGGGGGAGUCUGUGAGAAGCACCAGGAGCCUCUGAUAUUCUGCAGGGUCUGUGAGAUAUCCAAGGAGCACGAAGAUCACGAGGAGAUCCCUCUGGAGGAGGCUUUCCAAGAAAAUCGAGCAACAGUGGCCGGUAGAAAAGAGAGGUUUUGCCAGAAGCACCAGGAACCACUAAAGCUGUUUUGCAAGGAUGACGAAGCCCUCAUCUGUGUGGUCUGCGACCGAUCCAAGGAGCACAGAGAUCACGAGACCCUUCCUCUUGACGAGGCCUCCCAAGAGUACAAGGAUCAAUUCUGCGAUUGUCUGAAGAAGCUGAAGGAGGAGAGAGAACAAAUUCUGGCAUCUAAAGCAGAGGUAGAGAAGGAAAGCCAAGACCUGCUGAAACAAACCACAGAAGAGAAACAAGAGACAGUAGCCAAGUUCAGGAAACUGCACACUUUUCUGGAGGAACAAGAGAAACUUCUGCUGGCCCAGUUGGAAGAGGUGGAGAAGGAGGUGGCAAAAAACCGGGAUCAGCACCUGGCUGAACUCUCUGAGGCGCUCUCCUCUCUGGACAGCCUCACGCAGGAGAUGGAGGAGAAAUGUCAGCAGCCGGCCACUGAACUCCUGCAGGAUGCCAGAAGCACCUUGCUAAGGUAUGAAGAAAAGGAGGCGUUUGAGAAUCCAGCAGCUUUUCCUCUUUCGUUGAAAUGGCGCAUUUGGGACUGCUCGGAUUUAAAUCUCUUUUUGGAGGGCAUCAAAAAGCAAUUCAAAGCAAAUGUGACUCUGGAUCCAGACACGGCCCAUCCCAGCCUCAUCCUGUCUGAGGAUCGUAAAAGUGUGAGGAAUGGAGGAAAACGUCAAAUUCUUCCAGUCAGUCCUGAGAGAUUUGACACUUAUGCUGCUGUGCUUGGUCGUGAGGGAUUCACAGGAGGCCGCCAUUUCUGGGAAGUCCUUGUGGGAAGUGAGGGAGAAUGGACUGUGGGGGUGGCCAGAAAGUCUGUGAGGAGGAAGGGAGAGUUUACCUUUAGUCCUGAGGAAGGGAUCUGGGAGGUGGGGAAGUGGGAUGGGCUCUAUAGGGCUUCCAUAGAAUAUGAUGACCCUCCUCUGACCCUGAGUGGGGAGCCCAAGACGAUCCGAGUCUGUCUGAACUAUGAUGGGGGUCAGGUGACCUUUUUCGAUGCUGAUCGAAGAGCCCUCAUCUAUGAGUACUCUGGAGCCUCCUUCUCUGGAGAGACCCUCCUGCCGUACUUUUGGGUGUCCAAAAAAGGCCACCUCAAACUCUCUUCUUGAGACCUUCUCUUCACACCAGCAGCAUCAAGAAGAUAAUAUUGUUUCUCAGAAGCUCCCUCCUCUAGUCCUGUAAAGGUCUCUCCAGGCUCCCAGCCACCAAAACUGACUGGAGUAAAAUGGAGACAUUUUCUCUCCAUUCCCUAAUAUUCCUUUUUUUCUUUGUAUCUUAUCUGAAGAUAAGAGUAACAUAUUUCACUUUAUAAAGAAUAGCAGGCUCCUCCAGCCCCCAUUCCUCUCAUCCACAAGAGGAACAACUAAAAAGAUCCUCCAGAGGAAAAUGAAGCCCUGUAAGUUUUCAGUUAAUAUUCUGGACUUUCUCUUUUCUUUGGUUUAUGGGGCACCACCUGUUAGGAUUUGCCUCUUUUCAGCAUUGCCUUUCUGGAGGGCUCUGAAGAUCUGUUCCCUAUCAACUUUGCUCCAAUCAACACAGUUGUGUUUCAGACACCAGUAGCUGAAAAUAUGUUAUGCUUAUAAUAAAAUUGUGUAACCUUGAAAA